AUGGACCAGGAGGAUUUGACAGCGAUGCCAAAACGGGCGAAAGGCAAAGCAAAGGCCAAAGCAAAAAGUGGUGCAGGUGCUGGAGGGAGUCGGCCAGGGAAGGGCCCGUGCUUGUGCUGUCAGGAUCCCAGGCAUAGCAAUACCAGGUUUUGCAAAUUGCACAAGCGAGCCUAUGAUUCCAUGGCCUAUCAAGCUAGGAAGGCAGAGGAGUCUGGAGAAGUUGGAGCCGUCCAGGCCUUCCAAGCAGUGAUGGGUGAUGAUGUCACAGCGAAGAGUGAAAUUUGUAAGUUCUGUGAACUCAACCCACCUGACAGCCGCUAUGCCAGAAAAAGUUUCAUUGACUGGACCUGCUUCACAAAGAUGUACGGCCACCGAACCGAGAUCAUAGACCGCUCCAAGUGCAAACCCAUGUGGGAAGGUGAGUUUUUGCUAUGGGCCCAGAACGAAAAGGCAUUGACAAAGGCUGAAGCAGAAUCAUGGUGGCAAGAAUACUUGAAUGACCCACGGGUUGAACGGGACAAUGAUGGUUACAAGGGCCGCUUGCAGUUGUGGGUUCCGUGUGGGGUGAGCAAACUCACUGACAAGAGCAAAUACACUGACAGUGUGGCUCAGCAGGGAUGCAAAACUUUGAAAAAUCCCAAGGCUGAGGACAUAGAAAUGCUUCAGACGCAUGUGAAAAGACAAAGGCAGUCUGUGGUGGACCCCUUCUUCACCAACUCUCAGUCUCACACCGCUUCCCACAGCCAGGGUUCAGCGCGAACACAGCCAACAACAACAUCGGAAGCAAACGCAGGGGAAGAAAACAGUGACCUCAACAAAAGAAGAAAGACGAUUGAUGUAGACAGAGAGGCGCCAAAGCUGAUGAAGAGCAUGCAGAAGGAGCUUAGCACACUCAAAAAGGAUGCUACCAGCGCAGCAAGCAAGGCCAAGGCUGCCUUGACAAGCCUGGAAAAAGCUGAUGCACCACUUUUGUACAAUGACUUGGCCUUGGCAGGGUUGGUGCGCUCGCUGGACUUGAGGCUUCACUUUCUUGCCCGCUGGACUGAUGAAAAGGCGCACACUGAAGAGUCUCAGUCAAAUGCGAUUCAGGUGAAGCGGCGGCUUCUUGGCAUGCCUUCAGACCAGAACCAGGUCGCUGAGCGGCUGUUGAGUGACGCAGAGACGGACUUUCAAAAGCAUUGCAAGCAGACAGCCAAUGAGCUUUUGGAGGAAAACAGAACUCGCUUGCCCUGCAAGGCAAGUGAUCGGUUCAUGUCAGAGCCACAGAUGUCUCAAAGGAUCGAGGCAACUGCAGGCUUGCGAAGCGCAGAAGACUUUGUAGCUACAAAGGCAGAAUGGCAGACUUUGGUUUCCUGUGCUGGAUCCCUUUUUUCAUCAACGCUGAAAGUCGCGCAGGAUGUGAGUGAACAUGUGGCCACCAAGCAGCGUGAAGAAAAGAGGCAAGAGAUCCGCCGAAAGGCCGCUGAAAAGGCUGAAGCUUUGAAGGUCAUUCGGCAGCAGGCCAAGGAUGCAGCUGAUGAAAUCAGAGCCAAGCCCAAGGCUGCAGCAUCCAAGGAACCUGUCUUCUCCGUUGAUCUUGGGCCUCUUGACCUUGACUCGGUGCCCAAAAGAAGAGCCUUCACUGACAACACAAGGUGGGAUAACCCGUGGGUUUUCAAAGAGUGGCCUAAAGGGCAGAGCCUGCUCCAGGAUGUGGGCCUGGGGAAGUCUCUGGACACCUUUGCAGCGCAAUACAAGAAGCUCGGAGACACAGGGGGGAGGCACCAGUACAGCUUGCAGACUGGUGGUGUCAAGUCCCUAGUGGAUUGCGCAUUGCAGGAAGCCAUGCCUGCCUCGCCAUUGGACUUAGAAAAGUAUCAGAUUGAAGGAGCUUCCAAGUUCAUGGGAGCGAGUUGGCUUUACGGCUUUUCUCCUGGCAUGGCCUUUGCUGGCUUGCUUCCAAAUGGAGCAUCGCAGAUCAGGUUGCACGUGAAGGGGAAAGUGCCCCUGCUUUUGUUCGAUGCUAAGGAUCUUGCAAGCAAGAUGUUGGAUGGUGCUGAAAGCUUUACCAAGGUGCACAACUAUGUGACCACAAUGACGGAGGGGUCCUUUGCUGAGUGCAAAGGCAAGAAUGUGAGAAUGUGGGUCCAUGAGCUGGGUGAGCAGGAACUCCUGUACAUCCCAGCUGGAUUCUUCACGGUCGAGCUGGUAGAUGCACACGCAUCUCAGGUCUAUGGCAUCAGGAAGAGUUUCUUUCCAGUGCACGCUAGCACUUUGGCAAACUAUGAGGCGGUGAAGAAGCAAUUCCAAGGCGAUGGGCGAAACUCUGGUUUGAUGGAGUCCGUGUGCAAAGCGCUCACUGCAGAGCUGGGGUGA